GCCUUCAAGCAAUGGCUUCCGGGGCCUCCAAGUGCGCCGGCGCGUGGACCGACGUCACAAGCCGACACGCACUUCCGGUAGCCGUCCCCGCCUUCGGGGCAGGGACACUUCCGGGCGGUGGCCAGGCGGGGAAUGGACGCGUUGGCAGUCAUGAUGCAGGACCUCCUGAGCCAGAACCAUGCGCUGCGCAGGGAGAACGACGAGCUCAUGGACCAGGUGCGGCGGUUGCUGUGUGAGAAGGCCAACCUGCUGGCCCAGGUGCGCCCGCCCCCCUGCCCCGUGGCUUUCCCCGAGGCGUUUGACGGCGACUCGGCCCGGCUGGACGAGUUCCUGAUCCAGGCGGCGUCUUACAUGAACUACUUCGAGGCCCGGUUCCCCAACGACACGCUCAAGGUGGCGUUCCUCAUCAGCCGCUUCACGGGGCCGGCCGAGCGGUGGGUGGUCCCCUACAUCGAGAGGGAGAGCCCGGUGCUGAUGCAGUACGCCGAAUUCGUGGAGGCGCUGCGGCUGACCUUCGGGGGGCGUCGGUAGGCCCGUCCCCGGUGCACCUGCCGAGGCCCAGCCACCUCUUCGGAGCCACCCGGUGACCCCUGCCCGCCAGGGCCCCCCAGCACCGCACCCCUGCCCCUCCGACAGAGAGGAAGGCCGGCUGCUUCCCUCUGCCCCGUGCACAGGUGGAGAGAGCUCAGCGCCAGCAUGCAGUGCGCCCCGAACUUCUUCGUCUGACGGCAUCUCAUUUCCGUUGUAAGCACAGCCUUUUGGAGAAAUCCAGGCUUGGCCACUACCUGGAGGGGGGGAAUAAGACAGUUCAUGAAAUGUCGCUGUCUGGAUCCCGUCGCUCUGUGCCUUAACGCCUUAUUUGGUGCUACAGAAAAAGCAGAGGUGGAGAAGAUAGGGAGCUGAACUCCCUGGCGUUCUCAAAACAUUGACUUCUGCCCAACAUGCUUUUUGUACGUAAAGGCUGCAUAUCUGAUCGUUGUUUCACAGCUUUCCUUUCUGGGUCACGCUUUGUGUUAAAAAUAUAUACGCAGCUCAGAAAAGAGACAGAAAACCUGGGAGUGGUGGUUCGGCAUUGCCGCAAGAUGCUGUUCACAGUUGUGUGUCACUCAAGGUGGAAACUAAUGGGGAUGGCGCUGGUCGGUCUGGUGCUCUGCCUCCCUGGCUUUAUUCUCCUGUGUAAGUGGAGGAAUGUUAGCUAUGUGAUGGCUUUGUUCUCCUAUGUUAGCUGUGUGAGUAAAAUUACUAUACCUUACACUGCACUCUGUAUUCUGUCAUUAAAAGCACUUCUUGAUCAUUAAA